CCCUUCAAUGAUGAAAGUGAAACCAGGAAGUGAAGCACUUGAGUGAGACAGACAGGGUUCAAGCGAGACGGGGAAGCGCAGUGUGUGAUCGGGGCGGCAGUAACUCAGAGUCAGCCAGGGCUAAUAACCCCCCCUCGAUGCGUUCAUUGCACUCCGGGCGACGCGAUGCCAGAGGGGAUCGGCGGCGCUGAGGGAAAAGCAAGGCUCUCGGAAUUUUUGUCUUAAAGCCCACCGAUCGGAUUUUCCGUGUGACAAAAUAAGAUCAAUUCCAAGGAGGGGAGGAGGUUAAUUUCGACUUUCCUUCUCUUUCCCUUUUUCUGUUUCUUGUUUUUUAAAAAAAACACACAGUCGAAGUUGGCCGACAGGGCAAGUGGGCAUUAAGGAGUCAGCGACAGGAUGCGGCAGGGACAAGGCAACGGCAUGGAUGAGGUUUACCAGCGAACCACGGAGCCAAUCCAGAACUCCGACUCCUGCUGUAACCUCGGUUACCUCCGCACUCUCAAAGGGAUCCUCAAACUGCUACAAGUGAUCCUAUCAUUUGUGGCCUUUAUUCUGGAGGAGAUAGUGCAGAACUGCAUGCACUGUCAUGCGCUUUACUUCUUCGAGUUUGUCAGCUGCAGUGCCUUCUUACUGACUUUCUUCCUGCUGUUCGUACUGAUGACAUCACUGAAAUCCAAAUUGAACCGGAUCAACUGGACACGAGUGGACUUUUUUUACACUCUUGUGAUUGGGAUUCUGUUCCUCAUUGCUGCCAUUGUGUUUGCCGCAAAGAAUGAUGGGUCUGAUUUGGAGAAAACAUCUGUGGCAUUUGGAUUCCUGGCUACAAUUGCCUUCUUUGUGGAUUUGGUGCUGCAUUUUCAGAAAGAGGGUCUGCCCUGGAAAGAAAAGGAGGAUAAGCCAGUUGAAACCAAAAAAGUUGAGGAAAAUGUGAAAGCGGAAACCCAGCCACUUAAUGAGCAAGGAAAUAUACCUGUCUGAGCUACAGAAGCAGUUGUUCUGUUUCUAAAAACAGACCCAUUUUUUUAUACACAUUUGAAUUUUAAGUUUCCAAAGUUGUUCAGACAACAAUAGCAAAAAAAAUCUAAGCUUCUUUAUACUUGUUGUUCUGACCAGAGAGCAUUUGUUUCUAGAUUUGGGGUGGAUUCAAUAAAAAUUGCUUUUUGUCAUUUGUCCGUUUAUCUGAAUACAAUCUACUGUAGAUCCAUUGAAAAUUAAUGAAUUGAACUUGUAUCUUAACUAUGUGUGAUGUUCUGAUGCCUCUGCGUGUAGUUUUUUUUUCUCUCUCUCUCUCUCUCUCUCUCUCUCUCUCUCUCUCAGCAUUUAAAGAUUAUUAGGAAGAUUAAGCAACUUUUAUCUUAAAGCAUUUCAUAAUUAUGCCUUUUAGAUGCUUGGAUCAAAUUUUUAUGAUAUAAAAAAACUUUGUAAUUUAUUUUUGGUGUUGGUGUUCAUAUUAGUUUUAUUUAGCUUUUCAGAAAAAUGACCAUAGGAAUCUCCAGUUUACUUAAACUUGCUUCGAGGAAACAUAUAAACAUGCAUUGUCUCAUAUUCAGUUGUGAUUGGGGGGAAAUGGCAAUCUCAUAGUAAUGUCAUUGAGCCAGUAAUCCAGAAGCACAGUGUAGUAGUUAGGGGAUAAGCAUUCAAAUCUCAUCAUGGAAUUUACAUUUGGCUUUUAAAAAAAAACUAGAUUGAAAGCUAGUCCCAAUAAUGGUGACACCUAACAUUGGUUGUCAUAAAAGCCAUCUAAUUCAUUGAUAACCUUUAGGCAAGGAAAUCUACCAUCCUUACCUGGACUGACCUAUGUAUGACUCCAUAGCCAUAACAAUGUGGUUGACUCAUAACCUUCCUCUGAAAUGGUGAGGAAAACCACCCAGUUCAGGGCCAUUAAGGGAUGGGCAACACAUCUCAGCUUUGCCAGCAGCUAUCACACUUAAUGGAAAAAUGGAAAGAAAAUUAUAAUUGGGCUGAAAUGUGAGCAUGAGUAGGCACAUGAAAUCACCUUGAUAAUUUCUAAGAUUCUUUCUGCUUUGAAUUGAAACGGAAUUUGUAAUUGUAACAGAUUUAAAUCUAUCUUUAUUGAUGGCCAAUGUGGUCAUUUGGCAUUAAAAUUGGCUUUAAUCUGAGGAUUGAUUUCAGGUCAGUUCCGCGCAUGUCAUGUUUUUAAAAAUACUUACAUUUUAACUAUAUUUCACCCCCUGUAACAUUAAUGCCAUUGCGAAGAACUUAUUUGGUUUCCAGAGUUCAAAAUUAUUCUAUUAAGUAGUCAAACAUUUUGUUUGAACUGACCAAACAGAACAGGUGAAAUGUUAAUCUAUACUAACUGAAUUGGGUUUAUUUAUAUGAAUUUAUUAAAUAUAACAGUCCAGCCUUAACUGUUGUGUGGCCUUAAAAUUGUUACUUACUGGCUGCAAUCACUACUGCUGUUACUGUCUGUUGAGUAUUUAAAUUCCAUGUGGGAAGAAGUGGAAAGAUAAAGCCAUCAUAGUCUCACCAGACUAUUAGACUGGAGAGAGAACUUGCGGUUUAACUUGAGAAGUCCAUUGUAGUAAUCUCGGUGAGUGCAGAAAUUGAAUCUAUGCUGUUAGCACCAACCUGUAUUGCAAAGCUGCUGUCCACCCAAUUAGGCUGACAAAUUCAUUGAUAAUGAACGGAAAAAAAUUGUUUUCAGGCUUACUGACCGAUUUAUAAGAGCCAAAUAUUAACCACGUGCUUUUGUUUUUCAUUUAAAAUCAAACAGCUUUUCACUUUGAGGACCACUGGUAGUUUUGCACUGGAGGAAAAUUCCAGUCAGGUCACCGUGUUCUCAGACAUCAGUGACUUGUUAGAAUUCUCUGAUCCUGUUUUAUAAUUAUUAUAGGAAUCUCAAGACCCUGAGGUAAGAGGAUGAUUUUUCUAUAUCAAGACAUUCCAAAAAAAAUUUAAACCUAUAAAUAGAUGUUCCUAUGUAUUCAGAAACCUGGUAGUUUUGAUAUUUUAAUGGAUUUUGCACCAUUCAGUGCCUUUCAUCAAGUUAUGUCUGAAUGAUAUAAAUUAUUAUCUGGCAACCUCAAGGUCUCUAUAUUGUAAUAUCUAUUCAUUUGUAAUUAUCACAGUCUUGCAAUGUAAUACAAAUCACUGUAGAAUAAAUAGUUUGCUGUCACAAAUUCUUUCUUUAUCUUGGCUUUACUUUAUAGGUGGUGAAAUUGGUCUGCACAGUAGUGUGAAAUAGAGUCCUGCUGAAUCAGCAACUGAUAUUCACUGUGCCCAAAUGUUUGCUCCACUGAAAUUCACAGAGAUGUUUCACUGAGCUGGAUUUUAUGGGGCACUAUAUUUUCUGCUCCUAGCCACCUGCUGACUAAAACAAAGCAAAUAGAGGUAUAGCCUGUUCUCUAAAUUGUGAAAGGCUUUGGAAUUCUGGAGUACAAAGGGAAUUAGAAGCCCUAGUUCAGGACUCUCUUAAGGUUAACAUACUAGUUCAGCUGGCAGUUAGAAAGGCAAAUGCAAUGUUAGCAUUCAUUUUAAGAAUGUUAGAAUACAAGAGGACGGAUGUACUGCUGAGACUGUAUAAGGCUCCAGCCAUACGUGUUUGGAAUAUUGUGAGCAGUUUUGCUCCCUGUAUCUAAGGAAGGAUGUGCUGACUUUGGAGGUCCAGAGGAGGUUUACAAGAAUAAUCCUGGGUUGAAGGAUUUGUCAUAUGAGGAGCAGUUGGGCGCUCUGGGUCUGUACUCAAUGCAGUUAGAAGAAUGAGAGGGAAUGUCAUUGAAACUUAACAGAAUACUCAGAGGCCAGGAUAGAGUGGAUGUGGAGAUGAUGUUUCCACAACAUAAGAAUGAAGGGACAACCCUUUAGAACUGAGAUGAGGAGGAAUUUUUUCAGCCAGAGGAGACGGUGAAUCUGUGGAAGUCACUUGCUGGGGAAGGCUAUGGAGCUAAGUCAUUGAAUAUAUUUAAGACAGAGAUACUUAAGCUUUUGAUGAGUAAGGGGAUCAAGGGUUACAAGGAGAAGGCAGAAGGAUGGGGUUGUGAAACAUAUCAGCCAUGAUCGAAUGACAAAGCAGACUAAGCGGGCCAAAUGGCCUAAUUUUGUUCCUAUGUCUUACCUUAUAGUUUUAUCUCCCAAAACACCAGCUGAUUUGCUGCCAAUUUACACAGGAAACAGCAAUGAUUACCAAAGGUGAAGGUCCCCACUACCAUCCAGCCUUCAAGGUAAAUGUGGGUAUCAGUAGGGUCUGACUGGACAGGUCCAGGUGAAGGGAUUGGCAGACCAGCUUUGCAGCAAGUGGUGAUGAAGUGGUGUGUGUGUGUGUGUGUGUGUUAAACUUCAGGGAUAAUGCCACUGUGUUUGAACCCAUACCACAUGAUAAAAGCUUUGGGCUAUUCACCUGGGGUUACCUGGUGAAUAAAUAAAUAAAUAAACAGGCUCAAGGGCACAUGGGUUGCAUUAUGCCCCAAACUCAUAAAAUCCAAGAUGAAUUGGAAAAACUCCGUUCAAGCGCACAACUGGCAUAGACCAAUUUUACUUCUACCAAGGCUUUAAUUUUUUUUUCCGUAUUUCCAAUAUUGAGGUUACAUACUUGUAUUAGGGGCUGUAAAGAAAAGCUGUGUAAGGUCACUUGGAGUCUCCUUGAUAUGAAGUAAAGAUCUUUAAUCUGAGGAAGAAAUAAAAAUGUGCUUCUUCGUUAAAUGUGAAUUGGAUUUCAAUAAUAUUGCAAACCUGUGAUUGCAGAACGCUGUUUUAUCCUUGCGCUGUAAAAAUGUCAACAUAGAUGCAAACAGAUGUAUCUGUGAGAUAUAUAGUUGCAUGUCUUGAAACAACUGUAAUCUGAAAAAACACUAUGUAUUGCAUGUUCAAUUAAAGUGACUUUAUAUA